UUCGAAUUUCCAUAAUGAAUUGCGUGAGAAUCGGUACCAACUGGCUGAAGGGUUUGGUGAAGACGGCAGUCCCUUAACUAGCUCGAGAGGGAUAAGAACCCUAGCUCCAAUUCUGGAAAUUGCUUUCAAUAGGCACAGCCUAUUCGUCUGAUUUCCAUUUGAAAAGGCACGUUGGGUUCUGUCUUCAAUCUGUUAGAAGAGAAUAUAUGGGGAAAGGAGCGGGUUGCGUGCCGAGCAAGAAGCGGCCGCCGGCAGUGCGCACGGAGAACUCUUCGAGCGAUGUGAAGAAUGCACCAGUUGCUAUUGAAGAGAGGAGUAUUGAAAUUGAGACGGCAAAUAACGCUGCUCCCCCUCCGGCCGAGGUUAAGUUGAAGAUCUUUAUCGUGUUCUACUCCAUGUAUGGACACGUGGAGAGCUUGGCGAGAAGGAUAAAGAAGGGGGUGGAUGGAAUCGACGGUGUUGAGGGAUUCCUUUACCGCGUGCCAGAAACUCUUCCUCAUGAAGUACUUGAGAUGAUGCAGGUGCCCCCUAAGAAUGAGGAGAUUCCAGUUAUUACUGCGGCAGAGCUUACUGAGGCUGAUGGAAUUUUGUUUGGGUUUCCCACGAGGUUUGGAAGUAUGGCUGCUCAAAUGAAGGCUUUUUUUGAUAGUACAGGUCAGCUGUGGAAGGAACAGAAGCUGGCUGGGAAACCGGCUGGGUUCUUUGUGAGCACUGGGACGCAAGGAGGAGGGCAAGAAACCACUGCUUGGACUGCUAUCACCCAGCUGGCCCACCAUGGCAUGCUAUUUGUUCCUAUAGGUUACACCUUUGGGUCCAAUAUGUUCAAAAUGGAAGAGAUCAGAGGAGGCUCACCUUAUGGUGCUGGAGUAUAUGCUGGUGAUGGUAGUAGAAUAGCCAGUGAGGUCGAACUUGCUCUUGCUGAACACCAAGGGAAGUACUUGGCUUCCACCGUUAAAAAAAUGGUUAAGCCUUAGUCAAACAAUCAAACUAUUUAUUUGGAUUUGUUUUCUGAGCUGAUUGCAAGGUUUUGUUUUAUUUUUUAUGAUCAAUAAAUAAAACUUAAAGAUCUCUUAUU